AUGAAUCGUGCCUUAACAAGAAAUAGUUUAACAAAAGAAACAAGAUUAAAUGAUAAAUUGUCAAAACGAAAUAAUGAAAUUGAUACAGAUAAAAAUGGACACAAUAUGUAUGAAAAUUUACAGGAUCAAAAAGAAAGGAAUUAUGGAGUAAAUAAAACAUUAAAAAAUGAAUAUGAAAAAUACAAUUUAAAGAAUACUUCAUCAAAAUCAAUUCAUUGCAUGACAAGAUUGAAGAACUGGUUAUACAGAAAAAUCUUUAAGGAAAGUAAUUUUUGGAUAUAUAUGUCAACAUUUACAGGUGUAUUCGGAGGUGCUGCAGGUGUUAGCAUGUUUUCUACCAUAUGUGUAGCUGGUGCAACUACUGUAGCUGGUGCAACUGCAAAACUUGCAACUUCUCUUCUUCCGGCAUUUGGUGGUCUUUGGGGGUGUCUUUGCGUUUCUUAUAAUAUUAUUAAUUUUAGGAACAUGGAUGCUUGUUACAUGGUUAUGGCAACACAAAGAAGUAUAUAA